AUGUUGGUAUGGAAGAAUCUUUCAUAUAAUUUAACACUCCAGUUUCGAAAUCUUUCUCCAGGUGAGAGGAUUCUUCAACUUAUUCGAUUAAUCACAUGUUGUUCUGCAGUUGCACUCUGUUUGGCUUGUUUAGUCGCACCAAAGCUUACUAAUUCAACGUUUGUUUCCCGUAUUAAUUGUGCACAUUUAGAUGUAUCUUAUGGUUUAUAUAAGUCAUUGAGAAACUCGGUGAGUCAGGCUCCAGAGUUAUUUUCUGAGAGUAGGGUCGGUGUAAGUUUGGGAACUACUUUGACAAACAGUGAGAUUACAUUAAUAUCACAGUACGCCGAAAAGCAAGUUGCUGGUGCACCUCAGUUUUGCCUCACUUCGUUAUGGAGCUGGUGUUACGGUAAUUAUGAUACAUAUAUGGUGAAAGACAAGCAUGGCAAGACUGUGCUAAAGAAGAAGAACGAAAGGUUGACCUGUUCUUCAAAAGGAUCAUAUGCUUUUGACUAUCUUGAGCAGUUGGACAACAUUGGGUUGACUAUAAUUCUUGCUUAUGCCUAUCAAAGUAUAUCUUAUAAAAGUGAUUCUUACUUAAAGUUGAUGCAAUCACGAACAAAUAGAUUCCAACUUUCAUUCAACGGUAUCAUCUUCACUUGUUGUGCCCAAUUUGUCAUGUUGGUAUUUACUAUUAUAAUCUAUUCGAAUCGUGGAUCGGCGAGAGACCUAUCAAAGGUGCCUUUAUUUAUUCUACAUAUCAUCGCUUUGAUGUCAUUGGCUUCUGCUGUUUGUAUUAUUAUUGGUCUGUCUUUGAUUACCAACUUGUUGAUAGUGACUAGGGGAGAAAUAAAGGAUAAACUUGGUGACUUUGGGGUUUCAUUCCACAUGGGAAAAUGCUGGUUCGUAUUGAUGUGGUUGGGUGCUACAUUUACUAUAUUAUCACUGGCGGCUUGGGUGUUGCCGUUAUGGUGUGCCAAUCCACUGGUGGAUCGUAUAGCAAAGGAUGAUGAAAUGUCACUUUUUGUAUUUGGUACCGGUGGUGGUGGUGAAUCGAAGUUUGGCGAUUUUAAAAAGAAAGUCAGUCAUACUGGUAAGCGUAUUGCUUCUAGAUUUAGUCAUGUUGAAGUUGAUGAGGGCACUUCUCGCGACCAUGACCACACAAAUAGACUUAGUAAUAUGUUUCACAACCGUCGACCUUCGAUUGGAUAUGAUAAUGUCGACCAUGAGAAUGAAAUGAGAAAAUUGGGUGAAACACUUUCCAAAAAGACUUCGGUAAGACGAACAAAUUCUGGUACCCGAUCAAAAGAGUUAGAAGAACAAGGGGUAUUAUUCGAUAAUUUUACAUUUAAGGGUGAGUAUCCAACAAUUCAAGAAGAAACAUACGAUGGCUAUUCCAGUAGAUCGGUAUCAAGAGAACCCCUGGGGAAACUAGGUAGACAUUUGUCUGAUAAGAGAGAAAGAAAUUUGAUACGUGAAGUUUCAAGAAGCCCAUUUGAUGAUGAACAAAUAUCUCCUAGAAAUUCUUAUUUAGAAGAUGAUGAAUUGGAAUUAUUGGAUAACCAAAUGUUUAAUCUUAAAUAG